AUGAUUUUUACUCUGUUAACUACCCUUGUAUUUUAUACUUUAGGUGCUGAAAAAAGUGAAAUAGAACUGUUUUAAGUAUAAAUUAAAGAUGUUUCACUUGAUUGGAGCGCUAAGACAAUUUCUUUAGACGAAAAGACAUUAAUAUUUACUAAACAUUUUAGAAGCUAUGAGUCUAAAUAUUAGAUUGAAUUAAGUCUCCUAGACAUUUAUAAAAAUGAAUUAAUCAAAAGAGUUAUAGUUGAAGACUAGAAUAGAUAGAAUUAUCAUCCUUAAAUAAUUUUUAUGAAUAACUUCAUUUAUUUAGUUUAUGUUAAACAAGAUUUAAGUAUUGUAUAAUUAGGACUAAAGAAAUACGACUCUAACUUAAUCGAACAAUAGGUUGAUUACACAUUGGGAGAUUCUUUAGAAAAUGCUAAAUUUGAUAAAAAAAUGAAAUUUAUUGAGCUCACUCAAUUAAACAAUACAGCUUUCUCUAUAAUUUGGAGAUCUAGAGGUCAAUCUGUGAAUCAAUUAUAAUGGAAUUACAUUUAAUAUGAUACUACAUCAGAUAAAACAACUUAAAUACUAACACUUCAAGAUAGCAAUGAUAUCUCUAUUGCACAAAAUCAAUUAGGAAUUACUGGUAUAGUACAACUAUAUUAAUAAACUCUUAGUAUAACUAAAAUUGAAAAUUAAAAGAUUACUGAUGUAAUUUUAUCAUCAAAUAAUAAUGUUUUUGAUGAAAAUUUGAAUGCUCUAAAUAUGAUCUCAUUACCUAAUGGAUAAUUUAUCAUUUUUUAAAACAGAUGGGAGUUUAUUGUUGCUAGAUUUGAUCAAUAUUUAAAUUAGAUAAAGACUAAUUUUAUGCGUUUAUCAGGACCAGAAUUUUGUCUUGAAUUUCAGCAAAAACCCACUUUUUAUUAAUAUCAAUAUACUUUAUUUAUUAUGUAUUAAGGAUAUGAUGGUAUAUGUUAUUCUUAGCUUGAUUUCUCAAACCAAAGUUAAAAUGUGAUAUAAUAAAGGAAAAUUUUAAAACCAAAAUUUUGGACUGAAACAUAUUAUCAAAGAGUUGAUGAAUUAGGUUUUAAUAGAUUUUCAUUAAAAUGGUUGAAUUAUAAUUAGUUUUAAUAUGAGUUGCAUACUAUUAAUUUAGAUAUGAAUAUAAAACUAAAUGAGUGUAAAUAAAAUUGUAAAUUAUGUGAUCCAUAAUUUAAAUGUCUAUAAUGUUAGGAUGGAUAUUCAUUUAUAACUGUCAAAAAUGAAUGUGUACCAAUAUGUCCUGAUAAUUGUGAUUACUGCAUCGAUCCUUCAUUUUGUAUAAAAUGUAAAUAGGGAUUUUAGUACACAUCUGAAAAUUUAUGUAUAACUCCUUAAAAUAAUAUCAAUGAAUUAAAAAUAAGUGAUGAAUAAGAACAAAAAGGACUAACUAGAGUCUCAAUAAAGGAUAAUGAAAUUCUAAUUUUAUAUAGUUUAGAUGAAUUCUAAAAAGAGACAUAACUUGUUUUAAAUAAAAUUAAUAGUUAAGGAGUCUUAAUUAAAAAAAUUUUAAUCAAUUAAUAACCAAAUAAAAUACUUGAUUUUGAUAUAUCAUCUUUAGAUGGUGUUUAAUAAUUCCAUAUUAUAAUCAAACGAUUGACAGUGGAUUCUGUACUACAACUUAUUGAUUAUGAAUAUGAUUUUGAAACAAUGGAAAUUCUUAAUGAAAGAAUUCUUGAUGUAUAAUAUUCAAUGUUGAAAGGAAAAAACUAAAUAAGAAUCAUUCAACUUAAGAAUUAAGAAUUUUGCUAUUUUUAUUAAACUUUUGUUGAAUAGAAUAAUUGGUAUCAAUAUUAUUAUGUAAGAAUCGAUGAAAAUGGAAAUUAUUAAAAUUCAGUCUUUAAUUUCAAUCAUUAAUUAUUCAAUUAAAUUGAUAUUUCAGUAAGUCAAAAUAUUAUAUAUGUCAACCUAACAAACAAAGAUUAUUUAUAUCAAUAUAAAAUAGAACAAUAUCAAAUAAUUUAUUUAAAUGAAUAGUAUAUUUAAAUAGACUAUAAAUAUUAGAAGAUAUAUGGUUCAGCAUCUAUCUAUAUUGAUUAUGAUGAAUAUUUCAAUAAACAAAUAUUCAUGAAUUUUACUUCAAUGAAUCCAUCUAAGAUAUUGCAAGUAACUUAAUAAACUAGAAAUAUCAAAAUGUUUUCAUCAUCAAAUUUAGGAUAAUCACAUGUUAUUCUUACUUGGAUUGGUUGUUCUAAUGUAGAACUUGAAAACCCUAUAAGACAAGUUUAUAUUUAAAUUGUUAAUUUACAGACAUAAGAGUUGACUAAUUUAAAGGAAUAAAUAUGUAGUAGUGGUUGUAAUACUUGCACAGAUUAAGGUUUAUGUUUAGAAUGCAAAAAUACUAAAUAUUAAUUGUAAGAUGGUAAUUGUGUAUUAACUUGUGAAAGUAAUUGUGAACUGUGUGAAGUUGAAGAUUAAUGUUUAUAAUGUGUUAGUGGAUUCUAUUUAAAUGAAAAUUUAUUAUGUGAUUAAACAUAAUAAUAAGAUAUAUAUUAAUAAGAUAAUGUAAUUUUAUCAUAUAUUGCUUCAUAUGAUGACUCAAUCUUAUAAGUGUCAUUAAAGAAAAAUAAUAUAAGAAAUGAUGUCAUUUUUGAAGAAUUCAAUAGAUAAGGAUAAUCAAUAUCUGGGGAAAUUAAGGUAUCACAGGAUACAGAGAUAGUCUUAUUUAUUCGUCCUAAAGUUCUUAAAGUUAACAAUUAGAUUGUAAUUUAAUAUAUUAGAAGGAAUGAUUAUUCGGAAAAUCUUGGAUAAUUUGUUAUCUUAGGUGAUUAGUAUAUAUUGAUAAAUAGUUUUAUCACAUAAGGAAUAUUAUAUGGUAAUGAAAAUGUGAUAGAUUUCAUUGCUUCUGAUGAUCUCAGAAUCCAUAUUUUCUUUAUACAAUAUACAAAUUAUUAUUGGGAAGGUCAAAAUAUUUAUUUAGGAUAUGAAAAAUAUGAUAUGAAUAACAUAGGAAAUCCAAAACGUUUAUCAUAAAAUAGCCGUUGGUUAGCUAGAAUUGAUAAGUAAUAAAAAGUUAAAGAUGUUUAAAUUAUGAAAACCAUAUCAUUGUAAAAACUAACUGUUACAUAUACUUUCAUAGAAGAUAACAAUGAAUCAAUCAAAGUAGUGUAUUUAACUGAAUAUUUUGAUUUUAUUUGGAUGGAUUUAUAAGUGAAAUUUGAAUAUUACUUUAAUAAUCAUAAAUUAUGGGCUGUAUCUUAUGAAAAAUUGAAUGCAAAUUUAAUAAAAGUUAAAUUUAAUAAUGAAAAUUAAGAAAUGUAAUAAGAACAUACAAUUGAAUCAUCAUAUUAAUUAAAUUCAUUCUAAAUACUAUUAUAACCUAAGUUUGUAUAUUUCAUUUACACAGAAUAAUCAACUACAAAUGAUAAUAUGAAUAUUUAAAUUAUAAAAUAUUCAUUGAAUGGAGAUAAAUUAAAUUAAAGAUAAAUAUAUCAUAAUGAAUUAUACAUUUAAGAAUUAUCAAGUUCAUCCUCAGAUGAUAUGAUUUAUUUAACAUGGUCCUCCUUCAAGAAUAAUAGAAUAUUUAAAGUGAGAUUAAACUCUGAAUUAAAUACCAUACCUUUUGUUGAAUAAAUAUGCAAUAUGAAUUGUGAAAUUUGUGAUAGUAAUUUAAUUUGUAAAUAAUGUUAAUUGGAUUAUUAAUAUAAUGAAAUUAAUAAUAAAUGUGAACCAAUAUGUGCUGAAAAUUGUUAAUCAUGUAAAACACCUUAUACUUGUGAUUAUUGUAAUGGUAGCUCAAAGUUUAUUGAUUAGAAAUGUACAGAUAUUUCUUAACUUGUAUUGGAAACCUAAAUUUGUUAAGAUUCUUGUUAUGGUUUACCUUCAAUAAUAGAGUUGUCUAAUGAAAAUCCUAUAUAUUCAUAUUUAAAAUAUGAGAAUCAAUAAUACAAGAUAAAUGUUAAUAUAAAAUAAUAAACUUAAAAUAGUAUAAUAUUAGAUUAAAACCUAAUUAGUGAAGAUUAAGAAAUUGCUUAUCAUUAUUUAUAUGCUUAAGAAUAGAAUUUCAUAAUUUUAGUUUGGUUAAGUGGUAAUUGUUAAAUAUAAUGCAGAUUAAUGUUAUAAUUAUUUUAAAAUGAUUUAUAAGCAAUAUCUAAUCCAUAUGAAUUGAGAAUAAUUAAAGUAAAUGUAAAUAAUUUUAAUUUAUAAAUUCAAAAAUUCAAUGAUAAUUAUUUAUUUUUAUGGACAGAAUUAGAUUAAAAUGAUAAAUCAUAAACUAUGUUAGGGGAAUUCAAUUAAAAUAAUGGAUUUUCACUUAAAUUUAACAUAAAUUAAGAUGAAAAUGAUUAAUCCUCUUUUGCUAAAUUAAUUAUUUAGAGUGGCUAUUAUUAGAUUGUAUAUGUUAAGAAUAAUUUAAUUAUUAAUUCAUUGACAGUCGAUGGUUCAACAAAUAAUUAUAGAGAAAUUUAUACAUCUAAAAGACCUAUUGCAUCAUUAACUGUUAUAUAUUCAUAUUAUUAUGGUAUUGCUAUAAUUUGGAUUGAAUAAGAAGAUACAGGUCUUUAUUUUGCAUAUAAUAAUUUGUAUGUUUAAUGGUUUGAUCAAAAUUUAAAUGCUAGAACCUCUUAAUAAACUUUAUUAAGAACUAUUUAAUAAAUUACUUAAUUAAAUGCUCCUAUUAAUUAAUAUUCUUCUAGUGAUUACUUUUUUACAUUGGCAAUAAAAGAAUUAGAUGGUUAAUAUAGAAUUAGAUAUAAAUAUUUAUCAUUUUAUGAUUAGAGAGAAUUUAAACUUGAAGAAUUUAAACUUGGAAAUGCUUUAUCUUAAUAUGCAUUUGAUUAUGGUCACCGUAUUCUAAUAAGAACUAAUUACUUUACUAUAUUAUUUUCAGGUUUUGUUGGUUCAUCUCAAUAAUUAUUCUAUUUUAAUGCUCACUAAUUUUCAACACCUUCAGAUAAUUGUUUCUAAAGGAAUAGUAAAGAAGAAUGUAUAUGGUGUAAAUAAGGAUAUUAUAUAUUUGAAAAUUAAUGUGAAUUAGAAUUGCCAAAACAUUGUGCAGAUGGUGAUAAUGGAAUUUGUGAAGUAUGUGAUUUAGGAUAUAUGUUGACUGUUGAUAAGGUAUGUUCAUUAGAAGAUUAAAGAUAUAAGGAAAUGAAAAUGAACACUUAUAUACUGUAAAGUAAAUAAAGAAUUACUACAUUUAAAAAUGGUGAUUAUGUAACAGUUUGGUAUAGAUAAUACUAUGAAAAUUAAGGAACAGGUGUAUUUAUGUCAAUGUUUAAUGCUCAUGGUAAGAAAAUACUUGAUGAGAAAAGAAUUAGUUUAUCAUCUGCAGGAAUUCAAAUUUAUCCUGAUGUAUAGGCUUUGGAAAAUGAUUAAUUUUGUGCUGUUUGGAUUGAAGGAGAUUUAAAAAUAUAAGCAAAGAUUAAAAUUUAAAGAUUUACUAAAGAUUUUGUUAGAAUUGGUGAUGAGAUUACAGUCAAGGAUAAUGUUUAAUUGAAAAAUACAAAACAAUUUGAUACUCCAGUAAUGAUAUAAUCUAUAAUUAAUGGAUAUGUUAUUGUAUGGACACAAAAUCAUUUAGAAUCUAAUAAAUUGAUAGAGAAACUUCAUGUAGUCUUUUAUGAUUUAUAAGAUGUUUAAUAAGGGUUCUUUAUUUUAAAUAAUUAAGAAUCUAUUAGAAAUUCUGAACCAGUAGUUGCAUCAAAUGAUCAAAUUAUUGUAAUUGUAUGGUAAUCAGAUUAAGGAAUUAUAGCAAGCAAAUUUAGUCUAAAUUAUGUUUAUAUUAGUUAAUAAAUUCUAUCAGGAGAGGGUUAAGCUCCUACAAUUAGUGUUUUAAGUGAUAAUAAAUUUAUUAUUGGAUGGAGAGAAACCUUUUUAAAUAGUAAUGAUAUUAUGAGUCAGAAUAUUAUGUAUAGAAAAUACUCUUCAGAUUUAAAUACUUAUGAAUUCAGUAAUUAGAUUAUGAUUCAAGAUCAUAAUUUGAAUAAUCCUGAUGUUUUAUCUACAAACAAUGGAUUUUCAAUUAUCUUUGAAAAUAGACAUUCAUUAAUGAGUGAUUUAAGAAAUCUUAAAAUGUAAUUAUUUAAUAUAGAUGGAUAUUAACUGACUAAUAUCAUAGAUGUUUAUAAUGAAAUGAAUCUAUAUCCACAUCAUCCUUAAUUAACAUAAUUACCAUAAGGAGAAUUUUUGGCUACAUGGACAUUAAGUCAGUUAUAAGAGACAAGCUUUUAAGAUGAUUUAUACAUGAAAAGAUAUAAUAGUAAUGGAAUUUAAUUACCUAUGGAUACAGUUGUUUGUUCUUAGAAUUGUUAAUAAUGCAAUGAAAAUGAUAUUUGUUUAGUUUGCAUGAAUAAUUAUGUUCUUAAUAACAAUAUUUGUGUUUAAUCAAUACCACAUUGUACAUCAUAUUCAUAAAAUAGUGUUGAAUUAGUUUGUGAAACUUGUGAAACAGAAUAUAAAUUAAGUCAAAAUAUUUGCUACAAAGAAACAAAGACAUAAUAACUAAAUGUUGAAUUUAUAAAUGAAAUCACUUCAAAAUUUGCUAUGAUCAAAUAUUAAAAUAGUGAUAUUUUAUUUAUUUGGAAGAAUGAAACAUCUUAUAACUUCUAAAAGUUUGAUUAAUAUGGUAAAUAAUAUUAUGCACCAAAAUAAAGUAAUAUACAACCUAUGCCUUAUUAUUAAUAAAUAAAUGCAUUUGAUGCAUGUGAGAUUGAUAAUAAUUACUUUGUUUUAGCCUAUUUUGAGCAUGUGAAUGUGAUUUAAGUUUCAAUUUAUGAUGAUAAAGAAAAUAUGUUAAAUCAAUAAUAAUUUGUAUUCAAUUUAUAAUAAUAAUAUUGGGAUAACAGAGAAUACUUUAUAAUUACUAAAUAUUUGGGGAAUAAUAAAGUAGCAAUCAUCUAUCAAUAAUUUGAUGAAUCAACUAAUUAAGCAUAUUUAUUUAUGUAAAUUAUAAAGAUUAACGUUUAAGAUGGAGGUGCUUACAUGUCAUUUGAAUAAUAAAUAGUUAUCCUUUAAACUUAAUAAUAAUAAUACUAAUCUUAAUCUUAAUCCAUUAAUGUUGAUAUUAUUAAUAAUCAGAUUAAGAUAUGGAUUGAAAAUGUUCAAAAUUCAGAAAUAAGAUACAUUUAUAAAACUUAUGAUUUCUUUGGUAAUCUAAUAAAAACAAUUAAAAAGAAGAAUGAUAAUAAUUAAGUAGAAUAUAAAAUUAUGGAAUUAUAAGAUGGGUCAUUCCUUGAAGUUUGGACUGAAAUUUCUUAUUCUAAAUAUGAAGUAUAUUAUGUAAUUAAAAUGAAUGAUCAAAAUAAAUUUGAACCAAAGAAAUUAUCUACAAGUUCAGAAUUAUAUAAACUUGAUUUAAAGAUACAUUUAUUAAGUGAUUCAAUUGCAGUUAUUUGGAGAGAAGGUUCAUAUAAAGCUGAUAUGACAGCUAAUACAAUUUACAAAACUGUUUUAAUAUCAAAACAAAAUUAUUAAUAAGUUACAAAUCCAAUAUAAUUGAAUUCAGACAGUUUUGUAAAGAAAGGAAAAGAUAACUUAUUGAAAUUACUUGAAUUACCAAAUUAAGAUAUUGUUAUUGGAUGGAUUUCUUAUAAUAUAUUAGUUAAUUAAAAUGCUAUAUCUGCUAUAAAAUUAAAUAAAGAUGGUUAAAUAAUAGAAUUUACUUAAUUUAGAUGUUCAUAAGGAUGUUAAGAAUGUACAAACUUAGGUAAAUGUAUAAGAUGCUACAAUGAACAAAAAUAUAUAUUAAAUGCACUUGGAAAUUGUAUUCCUAAAUUAGGAGAUUGUCAAAAUUAUAAAUCUGAUUGUAAAUAUUGUUUGGAUGGAUACUAUAAGAAUAGAUAUCUUGAAUGUAAUGAAAUAAAAUAAAAUUUGGAGAUUGAUAUUAUGGAAUAGGAAAAUGAUUAUCAAGUUGCAACUUAUAAGAAUGGUACAUUUAUAGUGGCCUAAAAAUAUUCAGAGAAAUCAAUAGGAAUUAGAGUAUUUAAUUAAGAAGGUACUUAAGUAAAAGAUUAUUAUAUGAUACUUGAAGGUCCUAUAGAUACACAAUAUUCUUAUGAUCCAAAUAUUAUUAAAUUUUCAAUGAUUAUUGAUGAUCAAGAUGUUUUAACUUUUGUAUAUAUAUAAGGUUACUAUCCAAGUUAAUUAUAUAUUACAUAAUAAGUAAUUGAAUAAUAUGAUAAUCAAUUAAAUAGAAUUGGGGAUAUAAAAUUGAUUCCUGUGAAUACCUAUUCAUAUACAUAUUAAGAUAGAUUGAUAGUGAAACUUUUAUAAAAUAAUAUGAUUGGAAUAGCUUUGUUUAUAGAUCAAAAAGUAAUAUUCAGUUUGUAUAAUUCUGAUCUUAGUUAAUUAAUAGGAAAUACAGUCAUACCAACUUAAAUGUAAUUUGAGUUUAUAUCUAAUGGAGAAUAUAUUUUAUAUGGAUAUUAAGAGAAUUAAUGUGAUUUAAUUUAUGAAUAAUGCACAGUUAUAAAGGUUUAUGAUAAAUAAUUAAGAUUUAUAAAGGAUUUAGUAAUUAAAGAUGGAUAAUAUAUCAAAAUGGCAAUUAAUAAUCAAAAGUAAUUCAUAGUACUAACCUAAUCAUAAAUAAAUGUUAUUGAUAAAACAACAAUUAUUAAGUCUAGUCCAUUUAAUAAAUAAUAAAUAUUGGCUAUUUCAAUUUUUGUAAAUGAAAAUAAUGAAUUAGUAUUACUAUCUCUUGAUUCUAAAUAAUAAACAUCUAUUUUAUUAUUAACAUAUUAUAAUUUAGAUGGAUUAGGUAAAGCAGAUGUUUAAGUAAAUAUGAAAGAAAUAGAAAUAACAUCCUAUAAUCUAUUUUAACUUUAAAAUUUAGAUGUUUUUAUUAUAUUUACUGGAAGAACAUUUGAUUAAAAUACAUGGAUGAGCAGAUAAUAUUUAAGAUUAGCAAGAUUUGAUUAAUAUGGAAAAUCUUUAAGUACAGCAUAAAUAAUAUGUCCUUAAAAUUGUGAAUUCUGUUUCUAAACAACAAUUUGUAACAUUUGUAAACCUGGAUAUAAUAGGAAUGAAUAAACUUCAUUAUGUGAAAAAAUAUGCACUAUUUAGGGUUGUCAAUCAUGUGAGAAUUCUAAUUGUGAUGUUUGUAAAGAUGGAAUGUUCAUUAGUUAGGAUGGAAUUUGUGUUACACUCACUUAAGAUCCUUCUAUUGAUGCAAAUGUCAAAUAUUCUAUUAAUUAAUAAUUUAAUUAUGAAUUGAAAAAGAAAGUUUUAAAAUUCUCAAAUAAUGAAUUUGCUUUAAUUUAUGAAAGUUAUGGAUAUAUAAAGAUGACUAGAUUCAAUGCAUAAGGUUAAGAAUUAAUGUUUACUGAACUCAAUUUAAAUACUUAUAUUUUAUCUUUAGAUGCUGCAAUAAUCAAUAAUUAAAUUUAUCUUGUAAUAGUGACUGAAAUGGAAUCAUUUAGUUAUUAAGUUUAUAGUUUUACUGAAACAACCUAAUAAUUUAAUCUAUAGUUUAGAAAUGAUAUUUAAUAUCAAAUUACAUAAGUUAUUAUCAAAGGUUUUACAACAAACUAUGUGAUUCUAGUUUCUUUAUCUGAGUAUUAAUUUGAUAAUUAUGGAUAUUUAAGAUGUUUAUCAUAAUCCCUUUACUUUUACAAUGAAAUUAAUUAAUAAAUAGAUUUUAAAUAAAAUUUUAAUAAUCCUUCACCUUUUACAUAAGAAUAUUGUAAUGUCAAUAAGAUAAAUAGCUUAUACAUUUAUUCAGAUAUUCUAUAUACAGUAAUUACUAGUUAAAUAAAUUUAAAGAUAAUUGCAAUUAAUUCAUAAGGUUAAUUUUUUGGAGAAAGUAUAUUAGAAAUACCAAAUAUAGAAUAAAUUGAAUUUACAUUAGAUUUUGAAUAGAUUGUCAUUCUGUAUAAAGAAAUUGGAUCUUAAAAUUGGAACUUUAGGAUUAUGAAUACUUAAUAUUAAAUGAUAUUUAAUAAAGAUAAUUAUAUAAGAGGAGAUUUAAGUGUCAAUAUGGUUACUACUUAAUCAUCAAUUGUUAUAGCUUGGAGUCAGAUAAAAUUAUAAUCAACAGUAGAAUAUGUAGUAUUAGAUAGAUUAGGAUAAAAGAUUAAUUCAGGUUAUAUUAAUGGAUAAUACAGUUUAAGACCAUUAUUAACUGAAUUAGAUAAUCAAAUUGUCUGUUUAGUUUGGAGUGUUUGGACUAAUCAAUAACAAUGGACCUUAUCAUAUUCCCUAUUAGAUAAAACUGGAAAAUAUAUUGAAUUUACAAAUAUUAGUUGUCCUUAGAAUUGUUUAUAAUGUUCUGAUUCAUCUUCAUGUUAAUAAUGCUAACCAGGAUAUGAUUUAAUGACCUAUUAUAUGGAGAAAGAUGAAAAAUAUUCAGUUUGUUCAAAAAAAUGUGAUCCAUUCUGUGAUUUUUGUGAUUUUGGAGAAUGUUCAAGAUGUUAAAAAAAUUAUUUUGUUGAUUAAGAAGGAAUUUGUAAAUAGAAUGAAUUUGAAAAUAAAGCUAUUUAAAUAAAUGAAUUUUCAUAAUUUAGUUAAAUUGCACCAAAUGCUGCUAAAUUUAGAGAUGGUUCAAUUUUAAUGGCAUGGUCAAGUAAUAAUGAAGAUGAAGAUAGUUGGGGAGUGUUUGCUUAAUUGUUAAAUAAUCAAGGUUAAAAGGUUGGUAACAAUUUUAAAGUAAGUUAAAGUGUAUUUGGUACAUAACAUAGUCCAUAAGUAGCUGUAUUAGAAGAUGAUACAGCAAUUAUAACAUUUAUUGAAGGUAAUCCAGAAAAAGAAGCAAUAAUAAAAGGAAUAAGAUUUAAUAAUCAAUUAUAAACUAUAGGUAAUGAAUAACUAUUUACGACAUUUAAUAUAAAUAAUUUCUAAUUGAAUUAUUAGUUAAUCAAUAAAAUAAUAAGUCUUAGAAAUGGUGGAUUUGUUAUUCUUUGGAUUUCAAUUAAUCAAAUAAAUUUAUAAUUUUAUGAUUCUGCAAGUAAUUUAAUUAUUUAAACUUAAAUUGUUGAUGUUAAUGAAAAUUAUGAUUUAGAAGUGGCUUUAACAAUAACUGAUUUAGCUAUAUUACAUAGAAAAAAUAUUGAUAAUAGAUAUUCUGUAAGCAUUUACACAUAAGAAGGAGUCUUCUUAUCUAAUUAAGAAUUAUUUGGUUGGGAAAUGGAUUAAAUACAUUAAUUAAAAUUGAUUAGUAUUUCUCAUUACUUUGCAUUGGCUAGUAUCAUUUAAUUAUCUAACGAAUAGUAAAUCAAAUUGUAAUUUUAUAACAAUCAAUUCUUACCAUAUGGAAAUCCAAUUAUUGUUGCUACAAAUUCAUUUUACUAAUAAUCUAAAUAUAAAUACUUCUAAAAGAUUGAAUUAUUUAGUUUAAAUGAUGGUGCAUUAUUAAUAUUAUAAGAAUCUAGCAGAUUAUCUUAUUAUCGUUAAUUUUAUAUUGAUAUUAAUUGGCAAGUAACUGAAUUGCUAUCAUUUGGAUUCAACUUGUAAUACCAACAUAUUUUCUAUCAUAUGAGAAUCUAUGCUAUAACACAUAAUAAUAUUGAUCAAUAUUUCUUAUAUUGGAAUGGUUUAUCAUAAAUAUCUCAAACAUCCAUUAGUUAUGAUUAAAAUAAUAUGAACAUUUAUAUCUAAAGAUUAUCUAAAAAUUCCCAAAUAGUUCCUAUUGAUUAAAUUGUGUGUUCUAAUGAUUGUAAAUCAUGUGAUACUUAAAACACUUGUUCUUAAUGUAUAAAUUAAUAUUUAUUGUAAAAUCAAUAAUGUAUACCAUAAUGUGAAAGCAAUUGUUUAAUAUGUUCAAUACCAAGGAUUUGUGAAGUUUGUUAAGAUGGAUACUAUUAAAAAAUAUCAGGUAAAUGUUCACCAAUUCCAGUAAAUUAUUAAGAACCAUAAGUUCUAAUGAAUUAUCCAAUUAAAACAAAUAUAAUUGAUAUGGAAUUAUUACCAAAUGGAUAGUCAAUUUUUUACACUUAGUAAACUCUAUAUGAUCAAUAAAAAGAAAUAUUUACUUUAUACAUUUAUUAAAAUAAUGAAAUAAUCAAAUAAAUAGAAGUUUAAACAAAUACAUUAACAACUAAUUAUUAUUCUAUUUAUCCAUACUAUUUAGAAGAUAAUUAUUAUUUAAUAUUCUAUAUCAAGGAUGGCAUCAGAAUUAUUAAGUAUAAUGCUUAACAAGAAGAAGUCUUAAACCUUUUCUUACAAAUUGAGUCUAUUGAUUCUGCAAUUGAAUUUUAGAGUUUAAUUUUGAAUCCAAUUGGUAAUAAUUAAUACUCUCUAUUAUAUUAUAAGUUUGCAUCAGGAGUCUUUAGAGUGUUAUAUGAUGAAGUAUUUAAUGAGAUUCAAAAAGAAUAAGUAUGGUAAGAUACUUAAUAUUGGUAUGGUUUUUAGAAAAAUAGAAAUUAACUCUUUUUAUAGAAAUAUGAUGAAAAAUAAACAUUUACUAAUUCUCAAGUUAUUCAAUAAACAACUUAAAUUUGUAUUUAUUCACAAUUAUUAUAAACCAAUUCUUGUGAUAUUUUUAAACUUUCUAAUGGUAAUAAGAUUUAAAUAAUUUAUGGAACUUAAAAUCUUAAAUAUUAUAGUUUAACUAACUAAGAAACAUCUUAUCAAAUUUAUUAUAGAAUAUUAGAUAAUUAAAAUAUUCCAUUAACAACAGAAGCCUAAGUUUUAGAGAAUACAUUUUCUAAUCAAUAAUUUGCUAUGUUAUUUACAUUUUAAGAUUCAUUUACAAUAAUAAUUGAAAAGCCAUAUAAUUAUUUAUAUAAUGGAAAUAUUGAAAUAUAUUCAUAAAGAUUUGAUAAUGCAGGUAUGAGAAUUGGAGAAUAAUAAUUUAUUUUAUUCAAUAAAGGAUGGUAGAGAAAAUUCUAUAAACAAACCUCAAAUGGAUAUGUGAUAUACUCAGAAGAGAGAAUCUAUUCAGAAUUACCAUAUGCAAUCAUUUACUUUAAAUAAUAUGAUGAAUUAGGAAAUAUACAAGCAUGGACUACAAAUAAUAAUUGUAUAGCUAAUUGUGAUAAAUGUAUCAAUUCCUAUUAUUGUGAAUAAUGUAGUUAGAAUUAUUAACUAGAUACUACUAAUAAAUGUAAAUUAACAUGUCAAUCUAAUUGUAAUUAAUGUUCUAGUUUUACAAAUUGUGAAUCUUGUAAUGUUGGAUAUAAAUUAGAAAAUGGAUAAUGUGUUAAAAUUGAUUGUGUUACUAAUUGUGCUUAAUGUUUAGAAGAUACUACUUCAACUACAGGAACAGUUUGUUAAUUGUGUAAUGAUAAUUACUAUCUCAGUAGUGAUAGUUAAUAAUGUAUUCCUUAAUGUCCUUCUAAUUGCAGUUAAUGUACUGUUCCUCUUGAAUGUGAAACUUGUGCUUUCGGAUAUGUUGUUACAUCAGACAAAAAAUGUUAAUAAGAAAAUUCAUCCAUUCUAGAUUAAAUCAAAAAUACUACUGUUGGAACACCUCUUAUGGCUACUUUCCCUGAUGGUAGUUACAUUCUUAUGUGGUAUUAAAAUGGAGAUAAUGCUGGUGUCUAUUUCUAAUUGUAUUCUGCUGAUAAUAUUAAGGUUGGAGAUCCAAUGAAAGUUACUGGAAAUACUAGAAGAUUGUUAAGUUAAUAAUCUAUUAUUUAAAAUUAUUAUGCAGAUAUAAUAGCAAUUGAUUAUGAAUUCUUUGUUACUUGGAUGGAUGCUUCUGCAGAAUCAACUGAUGUUAAAUUAAAGAAGUUUUCAUCUGAUGGAACUGCUUAAAGUCAAGAUUUAUUAAUAGGAACUCAUUAAAAAACAGAUUUAUAAGAUAUUAAAAUACCUUGUCAAAUCAAAAAGACACCUAAUAAUUCAUUAUUGAUUGCUUAUAUGGCUAAAAGUGAAAAAUAAUCUGAUGAUUUCUCUAUGUUCAUAUCAUCAUAUGAUUCUUUUAUGAAUAGUAAAACAUAAGUUCAAGAAAUUAAAAAAGUUAACUAAUUAGCUGCUCCAUCUAUUGUAUCAGAUGAAAAUGGCAUUAUCUCUUUAACAUAUUAAAGUGAUGGAUAUGUGUUUGUUUAAUAAAUUACUGAAGAUGGCAAUUUAAUAGAUACUCCUAAAGCAAUUGCUGACUCUAAUUCUAUCAAUCUAAAAGUUACUAAUUUAGCUAAUGGAAUUAUGGUAUUUUUAUGGGAAAAUAAAAAUCUAUAGCUAUCUUAACCUCAAUUCAUUUUGAAUUAUUAAUUAAUAUCUAAAGACUUAAAAACUAGAAGUGAAGUUAAGAGUGUUGGUGAUAUUUAAAUUGCUUCUUUAACUCCAGAUAUUCAAUCAUUUAAUGAUGGAUUUAUAAUAGCCUGGAAAAUCACUGACUCUAAUUAUAAAUCAAUAGGGCUUGAAUUUUAGAUAUUUGAUUCUAUGGGAAUGUCUAAUACAUAAAUUAUUGAAGUAUAAAUUGAAGGCAUUUAUCCAUAAACUCCUAGAAUAUAAAUUAUCAAUGAGAAUUAAUUUGCAGUUACUUGGACAGCCAAAAAUAUUGAUUCUGAUGGAACAAUACUAGGAGAUGGUAUUUUCAUGUAAAAAUACAAUAAAUAUGGAACAUUAAUAACAGAUUCAUCAUCUUCCACUGAUCUAUGCAGUUAUUAAUGUUAAAGUUGUUAAUCACCAUUAGUUUGUUUGAAAUGUUAAUACGGUUUCUAUUUAAACAAAAGUAAUUAAUGUAUUAUGGAUUGUGGUGCAUUUUGUGAUUCUUGUGAAAUCCCUUGGACAUGUUAAAAAUGUAAGAAUGGAUAUCAAUUAAAUAAUAAUGAAGCUUGUAUUGAAACUGAAUGUCCAGAAGGCUACUUUAGAAAUACCAAUACUAAACUUUGUGAACCAAAAUGUCCUGAUGGAUGUAAUGAUUGCUAAGUUCCAAAUAUUUGUGUCACUUGUAAGAGUGAAUAUUAAUUAUCUGAUUCUUCAUGUAUUCCUUAUACUGUAGAUCCUGGACCUGAUAAUUAAUCCACUGUUAUGGCAAUUGUGAUUAUCAUCUUAGCAGCAGCAUUCAUAAGUGUAUCAGCUUGUUCUAUCACUUUAUAUUGCAAAUAUAAAAAAUUGAUUAAAGAACCAAGUUUUAGUCGAGUACAUCCAGUAUAAGACGUAAACAAAAGUAUUAGUAAUGUAAGUUGCAAUGCCAGUGUAAUUAGAUUGAGAUAAAAUGAAUGAU